AUGUCCUGGAACCCAGCCGAACUCCACCGCCAACUCCUGGAAAGUACGUUUAUCUUUUAUUUUAUGAUCUCUUCGCCUUCCAAAGGGCAGGGUUUUCUUCCAGAGAGAUUUCCACUCUGAUUCUGGGUCAGGCGUGACAGCUAUUCCGGGUUGGGUUAGUCUGUCUGAAAAUGCCGUCGGCGGUAUUCCUUCCUUUUAUUUGCUCCCCAUACUCUUUUGUGUGUAACCUUUCUUACUUUUAAUGCAAACUAAUUAAUUGGGUUAAUUCAUUUAAAUCCGGGAUAAUCCCCCUCCGGGCUUGCAGCGGCAUCGGAAAGGGCAGCGACAUGUUUUCUUGGGUAAUCGUUUGGUUGGCUGGUAUCAUCUAUUUGAAUAAAUUUUCUUUCUUUAUGACUGCACUCUAAGGAAUUAUUUGAUCUCGAACUUGACAGUUUUGUGGUGAGUAGUGCUGCUCUAUUUCCCAACGAUUCUUUCGCGGCAGAGAGUGCAUUCAUGCGAUGACCUAUAUACGUCACAGUUGUCCGUCUCUUUACUUCGGAUUGUGCCCUUAGGAGGGCUCAGACAUUAAGUACUUUUUAGUAAAUCCUAGUGAUCAAAAUUUUAUUUCCCUUUUGCAGAAGUAUGACUAACUUUUUACAGCUGUUUUUUCAAAUCCCCGGAUAAAAAGUACAGUAAUCGGUGCGCAAUCUAUUUGGCGGGACCUUUGGCCGAUCACCUGCCACCGGCUCGCUUCGGCUUUUCUCCGUUUCUGCUCGCUUCUUUCGUACCAGUCCUCCACUAUUUUGCAGAUCGUGACUCCCAUUCCUCUGAUCAGCCGAAAAAAGUCUUGAGGGGCGGUCAACCUUUUGGUGACCCCUUUUAUUCAUUUCAAUUCAACAAAGCUGCGAUUCCCUCACUGUGGCAUCCUUUAAUUUAUGGCAUAUUCGUUUAAACUUGGUACUUUUUGCUCCAUCUUAUACCAUUUCCUACCAUAAUAUUAGCCAUUUGUUUCCUUCUUAUAUUGACUCUUAAUUCGUGUCAUGCAGAUCGGGUCAUGCCAAUCCCAUACAUAUAAUUUCUAACGGCGGCUGGUAGUGACGCACUCUGUCCGGACUUUCCGUCCGUUUUUUUCGAAUUUCGCUUAACUGACCACUUGCCACGGCGCAUCUCUGCCGCCCUUUUUUCUUUUUUGUUGUCCAGUGCAGAACAGGCACAGAACGAGGAGCAUGCCUUUCUCCUGAGUCUCAAAGCAGAAUUGGGCUUCAUUUUCUGCUUGGGAUUACCAAACACAUGGACAGUCGCCCAUUCCAGGUUUAUGAUGACAUAUGUCGGAUGUUCAGGCUGGAGUUUUAUUUAUCGUUUUUGGCUUUUUUUCCUGGUCUUUUUGAAAUGUUUGAUGGUCAUUAAGUUUCAGGCUAGAUGUUUUUUCCAACCAAUAAUUAAUAACUGCAGACACUUUUUCCUGACCGGGUUUAUAAGGAUUAGUGGAACCAUUUACCGUAUCGUAGAGGAGUCAUAGCUGAUUGUAACUCGUCAGUCUGGUUGUGUUUCCUUUCCUUCCUCAUUCCCACUUCUCUGAACGGUCUCGUGCGUUCGUUUUGCAAGGAUCUCCAGAGCGUUAAUUUGUGCGCGAUCCGGUCUGUUGCGAUGUUGCGGCUUUCCCCGUUUCAUCUAUCUCCGUUCUGCGGAGCAGCAGCGUGAUUGUGGAUGGGGAAUCGAUUAGCCUUUAAGGGUUUUUUGCGGGUGAGUUCUCGAGUUCGAAGUCGGGGUUUUCUGGAAGGGGCCCCGUCUCCCCGUCCCCUUUUUUGUAUUGUUUUUGUAUUAUGUCUGAAUGUUUUUGGAGGUCAGUGCUGGUCAGCGCGAGGUGUGGGGUGAGAGAGUGGAUCGCACCGUGCGGUUUUUUGUCUGUCCAUUGCCGCUCAGCUCCCCGCUUCUUGCUCCCCGCGCCGGCCUCCUCGCCCCCUGCCGCUUGGUCUUUUCUCUCGCCUCGUGGUGGACGGACCCGCCAGUCCGUACCGUCUCGCGACAACGUCCUCAUCGCGUAUAAACAAAAAAAAUACGAAGAAACGCAUCGCGCGCGCCACGGCUCGUCUCGACUUGCGCCACCCGCGCCUCCCAUUUCAGUUCAAUGCGCCCUACUGACCCCGAAGAUUGCAAUUCACACAACCUCCGACGGGUUGGGUCUCGAGAUUUGUUCUGAAAUUGUAAGAGGGCGGAGGAGGGUGAUGGCAUGGUAGUGGACGGUAAUUCAGAUCUAUUCGGACCGGCUAAGGCCAUUUUGGGUUGAUCCGAGGGUUUGGUUUUAUAAAAGUGUACCUUGUUUUGUUUAUACUAUCAGUCGUAUCGCCAUUUGUUCUUUGGUUGCCUAAACAUUCCGAGAUUUGAAUGCCUGAGGCGUGAGAGCCUACAACUUUUUUGUGAAUCGCUUUCGUAUCGUUGCUCCUCCGUCAGUCAUCACUGCGUUGUCUCCGUUUCUUUUCUUUACAAUAGCGAGGAAUUAUCGAUCUCUGAGUCUCGAGUGUUUCUUAACCAGUUUUUGUUAUUACCUGGAGACAAUCCAAGUUAUUCGUUGUUUUAUAUCGAUCGAUUCAUCCCUCUUAAACAAGUUUUUUGUCGUUGUAAAAGGGGGGGGGGGAUGGGAUCAGCGCAGUUCGAAUCGUGAUUUUUUGGAUGGAAAAAUCCUUAAGCGGAGGGGGAAAUGAGGAGUCGGAGUUUCCUUCUCUAACGUAUUCUUCGUCGAAUCUCCGUUUAUUUCGUUCGCUUUCGUUGUUAAUAUCUGAUGACUGCUUGAUUUCAGGGGGCAUGGCUUUGGUGUCACAUCCAUCUGGGGCACCCCAAAUGUACAAAGACCAAGAUAGCAUGCCUAACAAUAAGCCCGGAAGCAGUGGAAGUGGGGGUUCCAGUGGGAGUGAUGUGGUCUCCUCAUUGAGUGGCUCCAGUGGGUCAACGGGCAGCAAUAUCCAUCAUCAUCAGCCUCGGGAGUACUCCUGCCCUACUGGAUUGGUAAGGCUUGAUCCGUAAAUAAUAAUCUUUGUAUGCCUUUAGUCUGAUCCCAAUCAUCUGAUCAAAGCGAUGGUGCCCAAUAACUCUUACAUCUCGCCUGUCUCCCCUAAAAGGAGCAAUGAAGUUGACCGGCCUAUUGGUUAUGGUGCUUUUGGUGUUGUGUGGUAAGUUUUUGUUUGUUUUGUCUGAAAUCCUCUUACGUCGCACGUUUACACAAUCGAUUCCAGGUCCGUAACAGAUCCACGUGACAAGAGACGCGUCGCUUUGAAGAAGAUGCCGAAUGUUUUCCAGAACCUGGCAUCUUGCAAACGUGUGUUCCGCGAGAUUCGGAUGUUGUCAUCGUUCAGUCAUGACAACGUUCUUGGGUUACUAGACAUCCUUCAGCCAACACAUCCCCACUUCUUUCAGGAGAUGUAAGCUUUUUUUCUUUGCGGGUCAUCGGUAAUAUUCGCCCAGUUAUUUUUUGCCCCUCGCUCGCAAAGGGACCCUGAUCUCGGCACAAAAGCCGCGUUUUGUAUCGCGAGGUGCCAUCCACCCGCAUCUCAUAAUUUCGCGCACCGAUUUGUGGCCUUGUUAAUACCGGCACCGAUUGGAACCGGCCGGUACGCGCCGUAGCCUCUUGUCCCGAUUGACCUUGCCUCUGACAUACGGCACUCAAUAGCGCCUUUUAAACUAAUUUCCUUUUGUUUUGCAGCUACGUUCUAACGGAAUUGAUGCAAAGUGAUCUCCACAAGAUCAUCGUUUCCGCCCAGCCACUGACCGUCGACCAUAUCAAGGUUUUUGUCUAUCAAAUCCUCAGGGGACUCAAGUAUUUACACAGUGCCAAUAUCCUUCAUCGUGAUAUCAAGCCCGGAAACCUCUUGGUGAACAGUAAUUGCAUCCUCAAGAUCUGUGACUUCGGGUUGGCCCGUAUCUGGGACUCGUCCGAGAACAUAAACAUGACUCAUGAAGUUGUAACACAAUACUACAGAGCUCCCGAACUCCUAAUGGGAGCCCGGAAAUACACAGGGGCCGUUGAUAUCUGGAGUGUGGGCUGCAUCUUCGCCGAACUGGUCAACCGAAGAAUUCUUUUCCAAGCUUCUGGCCCAGUUGAACAACUAAAUAUGAUCAUUGAUUUAUUCGGAACGCCCCUCCUGGAAGAUAUGCGAUUUGCAUCUGAAGGAGCUAAGAAUCACGUGCUUUCUAUGCCUCGGCGAAGUCAAGAUAACCGACGAUUCAUCGAUAAGUUUUCCAGCUUAGACCCUGAGGCAUUACUUCUUCUCCGGAAUCUUCUUCAUUUCGACCCGUCUAAACGAUACAACGUCUUUCAAGCAUUGUCCAGUCCUUACUUGGAUGAAGGACGAAUGAGAUUCCAUUCUUGUAUGUGCACGUGUUGCACUCACAAACGGGAUCAGCGAAUGGUCAGGGAUUUGGAUCCAGAGGUGAGUCUCAACUUCUGUUUAGAGAUAGUCUAAUAUGUUUUUUAACUUUUUGGAACGACUGGAUGUUUAGUCAUUCUUCAGCUGGGAUUGGUGAUUCUUUUGUUUUUUUCAGCACAAGAUGCCAUUCUGCUCACAGUGGGAGAAGGAUCUGUCUCGAUUCUCGAUGUUCGAACUUCGCGAACAAUUAUUUAAAUACGUAACGGAGAGGAAGCCCAUGUUCGGGAUCCCGUUAUGCAUCAACACCACUGCUUUGGCCUACAACGAAUUCAUGAACUCGAGUGUCGCCCAGCCUUCGGAGCUGCCGCCUCAGCCACAGAACUGGGACUGUGCUGCAUAA